CAGACCAAUGGAGGCCGCCCUUGGACUUGGGGCGAGGGGCCAGCCCGCCUACAGACCGCUGUGAACCCCGCCCUUCUUCGGGCCUAAUUUGGCGAGGCCUGGGCCCUCCCCCCCGAGCUCUGCCGCUCGAUUGGCUGAAUCCUCCCCUUCCCACCUCCUCCCGUUAAUCCUGGCCCGCUAACUGGCUGACGUAAUCUCCCCAUAGCUAAGCGAGGCCCGCCCCGGACCGAGGGAAAUCCCGCCUAUUGGCCAGAGCGCGCCAACGGACCCAGCGGCCCGCCUUCUUCCACCCGCUGAGGCUCGCCCCGCCCCGUCUCGUCCGGUCCUGUUAAUCCGCCCAGGUUGAUCGCCCGAGGCCCGCCCCCUGCGAGGCGGUGCUCAAUCCAUCCGUCCCGCCCCUGAGCAAAAUGAACGGGAGCCGGCCUCUAGGGGCCAGCUAUGAGGGCUGGCUGGGGCAAAAGUUAGGGAAGAACCUUGAACCCCAGCCGGCCUGCGUAGGGAGGCGAGGUUUGGGGAGCACCGAAGCGAAACUCCCUCAAUCUAACCUUAGAAAAGACCGUCCCAGUAAAACCACUGAGGUGGAGAACGGUAGCAGACUCCAGGGGUCCAAGGAACUGGGGUCCAGAGGGGCCAGGUUGUUUGGGGUUACUUUGAUUGCUUCAGCAACAAAGGAAUCAAAAGAGACUACAUACCUGGCUGAGUCUCUCUGCUCUAUCUCAGGAAACUUCUUUACCAGCAGGGUAAAGAGGCAACUGAGAAGAGAACCAUCUUCUUCCUUCAUGGAUUUGUUUAAGAGUCUAACUUACAGGAUGAAGGUCCAGUGUUCCCUGGCUUUGAUCCACGUGCUUCUUGCAGCCAGUGUGUGUUUUAUUACUGUCUACAUGGGACUGUUUGACAACAUUUUUACUGAAGUGGGCUAUGAGUACUAUGCCGAGGUUCCAGUUCAUGCCUUCCCAUCCUUUCUAGCUAUGCCUUUUAAUUCUCUCAUUAACCUGGGCUACAUGCUUUUGGGAUGGUACUGGUUGCAGAGAAAUAAGAAACUUAUGAGAAAUAGGGAAGAUCUGAGACAAAUCCGUUACCUGAAAGAUGUCUUUGCUGUCAUGGCCUUGCUCUAUGGUCCCAUUCAAUGGAUACGUAUCUGUACCCAGACACACAACUCUGCUGUUCUAGAUCAAUGGUUUACUUUGGCCAUCUUUGCUUGGCCAGUGGUCUGGUGCCACUAUCUGGAGAAUGGCUGGCAUCCCUGGUCAUUCUUUUGUAUUGAGUUUAUCUCCCUGGCCAGUUAUUGCCUCACCUUGUUCCACCAUCUUGGAUUUGAUGUAGCCUUAGCAUGUCAUAUUUUUGCUGCUAUAUGGAGUGCCCUACAUGUGCACCGCCAUUAUGGAGAUAGUGUCUCUGCCACAUACAUCACUCUGGCUAUAAUAUCUUGCCUGGGCUUUAUUGUCCUUAAGCUGGGGGACCACUGGCUUUCUCAGUGGCUUUUCUUCCAGGAUCUGACUGGACACUUCUGGUCCAAAAUUUGUGACAUCUUACAGUUCCAUUUUGCCUUUCUCUUCCUGACACACUUCAAGAGUCCACAUAGACGGCGCAUUCUUGUGGGAAAGAGUAUUUAAGUGGACCAAAAAAAGCGAUUGGUGUCUUGUUUUAAUGCAUAUAAUUGAAAAACAGGAUUCCAGUAAAUGUACAUCCAUUUUUGUUUAUGUUCAAAUCAUCUUCCUUGUUUUAAAUGGCCAUUAAAAUGAAAUUUGUGCAUUAUAAAAAAA